AUCCAAAGCCAAUGUGAGCCAUUUGCUCUAAGCGACGCUCUUGCGUAAAGUUAGCCUCAUUCUGUACUCUUGUUAUUGUCCUAAUUUUCGGCAACAUCCAGGUAAUCCAGGUAAUAUAAUGACAUCUGAGGACACCGAAAACAAAGAUAUGGAAGUAAACGUUCUAGAUGAACUCCUCGAUAACGCUGAAGAUGAUGAUCUAGCUGCAGAGUUAAAAGACGAAGAAAAGAAAUUAGGCAAGAAAACACCUGCCAAGCCACCAGUUUCAUCUUCCACGGCCAGUCAGGUGAAACGGAAACCGGGCACAAAACCAGCAAAGAAAGCUCCGGUAACAGAAAGUGCCCUGCAGAAGAAGGCAAGCCCAGUGUCCAAGAUGAGCGCCCCAAAGCCUGCAGCGGCUGCUGUGCCCAAAAAGAAAGCUGCCGCAGCAUCAUCAAGUGUGCCUCCUACUGCAGUGUCGUCAACAACGCAGCUGCCGCAGCAGGCAAAGGCUGCAGCUCCACAAGCCAAAGUCAAGAAGCUUGUGGCAGCAAAAGCUGUGAAGUCGGAACCUGCGGCAAAGCCUACAGCAGCUAAGACAAAACCCGUACCUGCAACAAACGCGAAACCGCCUGCGGAAAAUGCUGCGGCCGCUGCCGUCACCAAAGAACAAGCUGCGAAGAAGACUGCCCCUCCGAAACCGGCUGUAGCCACUUCGAAGCCGUCGAAAAAAGCGCCACCUGCAGCGGCUGCUGCCAAGCCCAUGGGUGCGGUUAAGAAAGCUCCAGAUCCUGCUCCCCCUGUGAAAGUGAAGGUUGAAAAAACAUCGCCAAACCCCAAAACGGCCACGACCAAAGCUCUACCUGACGACGAUCCGGAUCGUCUUCACAUGGCACCCACUGCUGAAGAACUGCAGGUUGCAGAAGAACCCAUGCUGACCGGGACCGCCCCUGUGGUCCCGUCAAAGAGGCCGGACUUUGACACCCGUAGCGAGGCAUCUUCGUCGGACCACGAAAGCUGCUCCUGCAGUCUCGGAUCGAGCACGUCGAGGUCGAGAUCUAGGUCACAGUCAAGGUCGUUCUCAGAUUCUUCUUCUGCUGCAUCUGAACCAGAUCAUUCCCCGAGGCAUCAUGUUCCACGCAAACGUCGUCACUCUCCCAUCAUCUACGAGAAGCGCACCCGUAGCGAAGACAAGGGCCACAAGCGUCCACGUGUAUCGUCUUCUGUGGGCCGGCGAGAAGACGUGUCGGAUCACCAUCUAAUCAAGUACUUCUUUCGUAAUGCACGUUUCUUCUUGGUGAAAAGCAAUAAUCACGAGAACGUUGCCCUGUCGAAAGCAAAAGGUGUCUGGUCGACUCCACCACAGAACGAAGCCAAGUUGAAUCAGGCGUACAGGGAGUGCAAGAACGUAAUCCUCGUUUACUCUGUGAAAGAAAGUGGGAAGUUCCAAGGUUUUGCUCGACUGGCUUCGGAAUCGAACCACAACUGUCCCCCAAUCCAGUGGGUCCUUCCACCGGGUCUCAGUGCUAGGGCCCUAGGUGGGGUGUUCCAAGUGGACUGGAUCUGCAGGCGUGAACUUCCGUUUACCAAGACCGCGCAUCUUUACAACCCAUGGAACGAAGGCAAGCAAGUGAAGAUCGGAAGGGAUGGACAGGAAAUCGAGCCACGCGUUGCAGAGGAGCUGUGCCGCCUCUUCCCCGUUGAUGACAUGAUUGACCUGCACGCCAUCCUGCACCGCAUGAAACGGUCGUCGUCCUCUCGCCGACCUGUGGCCCCGUCGUCGCCUCACCGGCGCCACCAUGGCCGCCACAGCCUGGCGAGGGUUCAUAGUAGACGCUCUCGCACUAGCAGGGGUUCACAUUCCCCAAGGCCAAGGCACAGAAGGGACAGCCCGGACGACGGAUACCGAUUCAGCCGCAGGGCGCGCUACUCUCCGGGACAGGAGUUGGCCAUGGAGCGAUAUUCAAGCAGACGAGAUGCACCACCCAUGAAUGGAGGCUAUCCAGAUUAUCUACGAGACUACCACCACCCUAGGCCGCCGAUGCCUCCCAUGCCAUACGGACCUCCUCCCCCAUAUGCUAUGGAUGCCAUGCAGUAUCACCACUACGACAGGAGUCUGCAUCAUAUUGAGUACAACCAUGGUGGUCCCUCGAGGACGUCUAGGGCAAUAGAAAAAAGAUCUUACGAAAUGACGGUGGACGACUUCCUCCGAAGGACAGCCAGGCCGCCGAGUCGUUUGGAAAGGAGGUAUCGAGAACGAAGAUAGGACGGUGCUACGUCGUUGCUUCGCUUUAUUUUUAUUACUCAGUCAACCGGAGCCGUGCAGCGUCGUUGAAGAUCAUCCACCUCCACUAUUUUGUGCAUAUUAAGAAGCAUAGGGGCAACAAUGCUCAGAUCGUACAGUCACCUCGACCACCGCGUUAUUUUUUACCCCGUACAUGAUUUCUUUUGCAUCUCAGAACUUGAUGUGCGAUGGCCUGCUCCAAAAGGAUGGUCUGUGUCUCGGCAGGUACUUGGUGGAAGGUGCCCAAGUCGAGGUUGCUUUACAGAGAAUACAUAAAGAGAACAAAGGAGAAAAAAAAACUCAAUAAAUGAAAGCGUGUUCUGUGUA